AUGUCAUCUUCAUCCAAUGUGGAGGUUGAAGGGGAGCAAUGGGUUGAAGGAUGGCGGCUCACCGUUCUCGUGUUUGGGAUCUGUCUCGCGGUGUUCUCCAUCUCGGCCGAUCGAACUCUCCUUACAACCGCCAUCCCGCACAUCACGUCGGAAUCCCAAUCUACGGCAGACAUUGGCUGGUACGGCUCAGCCCACCUCCUCACAAUCUGCGCCUUCCAGCCCGUCUUUGGUAGAGCCUUUAUGCUCUUUUCCGUUAAAUGGGCAUACGUCUUUGCCACUUUCAUGUUCUUAGCAGGCUCGCUCAUCUGCGGCCUUGCCCCCGACUCUCUCGCGCUCAUCGUGGGUCGUGCCGUAGCUGGCUUUGGAAGUGCUGGGAUUCUCACCGGGAGCUUCGUUAUCGUCGCUACGGCGGUUCCCCGGCGGGCGCGCCCGGUUUACACGGCCAUCAUCGGAGUGAUUUUCGGCCUUGGCGCCACCGUUGGUCCUCUGCUCGGAGGUGUCUUCACCGACCUUGUCACUUGGCGAUGGUGUUUCUACAUCAACCUCCCCAUCGCAGGCUUCACCCUCGUCGUGUUUCUCUUAUUCUUUCACCCUCAUCAGCAAUCACAACACAGACAAACCUUCUUCAACAGAAUCCUUGACCUCGACCUAGUAGGCAAUGUGCUCCUCCUCGGAGCCUGCGUAAUGCUCUUCCUAGGCCUCCAAUACACCGCCCAGGGCGAGGCCCUGUCAAGCACAAAGAUCACCGGUCUCCUCUCAGGCGCUGGCGCAACGGUCAUCGUCUUCGCCGCGUGGCAGUGGUGGAAGCAGGACGGCGCACUAGUCCCACCAGCCAUCAUCACGCAGCGCACCGUAGCCGCCUCCUGCGUCGCGGCCUUCGCCACGUACGGCGCGCUCCUCAUCCACAUCUACUUCCUACCAAUAUGGUUCCAGGCCGUCCGCGGCGAGAGCGCCAUAUCGUCCGGCGUGGACAUGAUUCCCUACGUCGCAGCGAUAUCCCUCUUCUCCCUCCUCGCGGGCAUCUUCGUCUCCGUCGUGGGCCACUACCCAGCCCCAGCAAUAAUUGGAGGCAUGCUCGCGACAGUCGGGUGCGGAAAACUCAUGAUGCUAUUGCCCGACACGCCGACGUCUCAGUGGAUCGGCUUCGAGAUUCUCGUCGCGGCGGGCUUCGGGAUGGCUAUCCAACAAGGGUUCACCGCCGUGCAAGCCGUCCUGCCGCCGGACGAGGUGCCCGUUGGGACCGCGGCGGUCGUGGCGUCGCAGGCGCUGGGCGGCGCCAUCUUCGUCUCUGUCGGGAACGCUCUGUUCCAGAAUCACCUGCUGCGGGCUUCGGCGGAGGAUGCGGUGCCCGGGGUGGAUAUCCGGGCGGUGCUCGGGGCCGGGGUGACGGCGUUCCGAACGGUUGUGCCGGUUGAGGCGCUCCCGAUGAUGGUUUCUAUCUACAAUGAUGCUCUCCGCGUGGUGUUUACUGUUGCGAUUGCGCUGGCUGGUAUUUCAGUCGUUGCGGCUUGUUUCAUGCAAUGGAAAUCUGUGAAGGGAGUGAGAGCUGCGUGA